CAACGAGGUCUUCAACAAAGCAAUGCACAACUCCUCCACUUUAUUAAUGAAGAGGAUUCUUGAUGUCUACAAAGGCUUCGACCACAUCAAUAAAUUAGUGGAUGUUGGUGGUGGUGUUGGGGCAACUAUCAAACUAAUCACUUCCAAACACCCUCAUAUUCUUGGUAUCAAUUUUGAUUUGCCUCAUGUCAUUGAAUGUGCCUCAGCCUAUGAUGAUGGCGUGGAGCACGUGGGAGGAGAUAUGUUUGAGAGUGUUCCAAAUGGAGAUGCCAUUUUCAUGAAGAGAAUACUUCAUGAUUGGAGAGAUGAAGAAUGCUUGAAGAUAUUGAAAAAUUGCCUCAAAGCUAUUCCGACUGAUGGGAAGGUUAUUGUGGUGGAAACAAUGGUUUCCAUUGUUCCUGAGCCAACAUUUUUUGCCAAGAAUGCUUUUGUAAAUGAUGUUAUCAUGAUGACUCAAAUGCCCGGAGGGAUUGAGAGAACAAAACAAGAUUUCAUGAACUUAGCACAUGGUUCUGGAUUUAGUGGCAUAAGAUUUGUGUGUUGCGUCUCUAGCUUCUGGGUCAUGGAGUUCUACAAGUAA